AUGGUGGAGAAGAAGGGGGCACUUGUGAUCGUGGAAUUGGCUUUGCUGCUGCUGCUGCUGCCUUUGCUCUCAGGAGCUCCAGUCAUUGGUCAAGUGAAGGAAAUUGCUGCUCGCAACAAUGUGACAUGUAUCUUGGUCUUUGGAGAUUCAAGUGUAGAUUCUGGCAACAACAAUUUUAUAGUGACCACCAUAAAGAGCAAUUUCCUUCCUUAUGGCAAAGACUUCUUCAAUGGCCGCCCAACUGGAAGGUUCAGCAAUGGAAGGCUUGCCACAGAUUUCAUUGCGGACGCUAUUGGCUACACAAAAACAAUCCCAGCAUUUCUUGAUCCCAAUCAGAAGCUGAAAGAUCUGCCUCACGGUGCUAGUUUUGCAUCAGCUGCUUCGGGUUACGAUGAUUUCACCGCUAAUAUUUCGAGUGUCCUAUCUCUUCCCCGCCAGCUGAAGUAUUUGAUGCAUUAUAAAGUCAAACUAAGAAAACUGGUUGGUCAGAAGAGAGCUGAGGAUAUCAUUAGAACUGCCGUCUUCGUCAUGAGUAUGGGCACAAAUGACUUUCUCCAAGACUACUACUUGGACCCAACUCGCCCCAAGCAAUUCACUGUGGAAGAGUAUCAAAAUUACUUGGUCUCUUGCAUGGCUAAUGCCAUUCAGAAAAUGCAUAGGCUAGGAGGCACAAGAUUGGUUGUUGUUGGGGUCCCUCCUUUGGGAUGCAUGCCACUUGUCAAAACGAUAACGGACGCGACGACAUGUGCCGAAAAUUACAACAAAGUGGCAUUCUCAUUGAAUUCCAAGAUACAAGAGAAAUUGGAGACCAUAAGCGCAACAUCUAGAAUGAAAACUGCCUUUGUUGAUGCUUAUGGUAUUAUCCAAAAUGCCAUAAACAACCCAGCAUUGUACGGUUUGUCUGAGACUUCAAAAGGGUGUUGCGGGACUGGAACCACAGAGUUUGGAGAUUCAUGCAGGGGCUUAGAGACAUGCACUGAUCCAGAAAAAUACGUAUUCUGGGAUGCUGUUCAUCCAACAGAAAAAAUUGGAGGUGGUGGUGGUGAUGAAAGAGGAGUUGGUGGUUGUGGUGGUGGGGAUGGCGGUUGUGGUGGUGGUGGCAGUGGCAGUGUGGUGGUAGUGGUAGUGUUAGCUGUGGAGGUGGUGGUGGAUGUGGAGGUUUUGGAAGAGGUGGUGGUAGUGGUGGUGGUGGUGGCGAAGGAUGAGGAGGAAGAGGAUGUGGUGGUGGCGGUGGUUGUGGAGGUAGUGAAUGUGGUGGUACAAAUGGUGGAGUUGAAUGUAGAAGUGGAGAUGGUGUCAUUUUUUAAAAUGAAUGAUGGUAUUUGA